UCUUUGUGAGAAAGAAUAAAUUUAUACAACUCGUCAAACACAUGUUUGAUCUCUUCCACCUAAACAAUAGAGAUUAUAAAUGAAUUAACCUAGUUGUGAAGUAUAGAAUUUUGUGUUCUUUCUUCUCUUAUCUUGAUCUCAUUCGGUGGGUGAACUCACAGUGUUAGCAUGCUAUUAGAUCUCUUGAGCAUUGACUCUGUGUAACUACCCUUCCCAUGAAUUUCUCUCAUUUCUGUUUUCUUUGGUAAAAGUUUCGGAGAUUCCAAAGGAACAGCAAUAAGAAUCACUUUGCUUGUUUCAGAUUUUUUAUGUUAAUUAAUUAACAUAAAUUCAUAAAAUCUUAUCAGAAUUACAGAGUAAAGUUACAGCUUCAUCUGUCACCAGUUAUGUUACAAAGGUUCAUGAAUCAUUCUUGAUAAUGCAUUCCAAAGAUUGACCAAAAGUUGUGACCUUUAUCAGAAAAUUGAGCUUUGUUCAGUGUUUUGAGAUUGACCCCAGUUGUCAAUUUCAUCAUUUUUUUCAGAAAUUGAAAAAAAAAAUUCAAUUUUUUGAGGUCAAUUGUGAAAAUGGAGGUAGGUGAAAAUGAUAGAAAGAAGCCAGAAGCAGAGAUUCCAUGGAUCCCUUCAACCCCUGUUAAACCAGUUGUGCCAAAAUCAGCUCCGAUCUGUACUCCAAAAGCUAAUGGAGCAUUUGCAUGUCUUGAAUUCUCACAUGGUGGAGAGAAAAACAGAGAAUCCCAUGAUGGGAUUGUACCUGCGGCUGCAAUUACAGACAUUGGAGGUGAAAAUGGUAAAAUCUGUGACAAGACAGGUUCUGAGAAUGUUUCAUGUUGGAGUGAUAUGGGUUUUAAUGAAUCUUUGGUUCCGACAGAGGCGGCUUCGGCGAAUUCUUAUGCAACACAGCUAGGAAACAUUAAUGGAUUGAAUGAUCUGUUUGUCUCUUCGGUUAUCUGUGACAAUUCGAGGGAUCCUCAUGGACAUGAAACAUCCGAUAAUGCUUGUUGUAGCAAGAGAGAUUAUGAGGAUGACCCUGCCAAAAAGCUUGACAAGGAUGGAACUCCACCAAACAAAGAGCUCUAUGACCCUGCCGUAGAAUUUGCUGCUGUUUCUUCACAACUGAAGGAGAUUUACAACCCAGAUGAGGGAAACAGUCUCUGUACUGGUCUGAAUAAAACACCAGAAAAAAAGCCAAGGAGAAAAAAGCACCGCCCCAAGGUCAUUAGAGAAGUCAAACCCAAAAGGACUCCGAAGCCAGCUACCCCAAAGCCUGCUCAAGCAAAAGAAAACACAACCGGCAAGAGGAAGUAUGUGAGAAGAAAAGGAUUGAACACUUCUACUACUCAAACAGAAGUGACAAGUGAAUUAGCUGAAAAAACACCUGAAGCUACCAAAAUGUCAUGUCAAAGGUCCUUAAAUUUUGAUAUAGGAUCAAAAGACGAGAGUUCUACAGGCAGAGAAAAUGAAAAUCCAACUGCACUUUUAGAUGGUGUAGCCGUACAAGAAACCAAUCUCGGCCCUGUCUGUGAUUUAAACACUUCGGUUAAGCAUGCAUCAAGCGGUUCCAUGUCAUUACCAGAAGAUACACAAGCCCCAGAUACAUCUUCACAAAGCACCAGCCCCGGGGAAAAGUCAAAAGAAAACCCAACGGGCAAGAAGAAACGUGUGAGAAGGAAAAUGAACAAGACUUCUGCCCCUUCAACAGAAAUGACAGGUGAAUUGACUACAGAAAAGAUGUGUGAAUUGGCCAAACCAACCAGUAAAAGUUCCAUAAAUUUUGACAAAGGAGGAGUGGAAGAGAGUUCUGCAGUCAAAGAAAAUGCAACUAUACACCUGAGCAAAGAAAAUGAAGUCACAGAUCGAACAAAUCCAGACGUUCCAUUAACAGAAGACACACAAGCCACAAAAUCAUCUUCAAGAAUGCCCCAUGAAGCAAAGCCAAAAAAAAGCCCAGGUGUCAAAAGGCAGUAUGUGAGACGGUCGGGAUUGAACAAGUCUUCCACUCCUACAGAAGUAUCCGGAGACUUGCCUGGAAAAGUGAUGCCAGAAUCUGCCAUAACUUCUUGUAGAAUGUCCAUAAAUUCUGACAGAGGAGCAAAUGAUGAAAGUUCUGCAGAUAGAGAAAAUGGAACUGUGCACUCGUGCAAUAAAACUGGAGCAGAAAUUCAGGAAAUUGAUGUAGGCCUUUCCGAUGAUAUCCAGACUUUUAUGAACCCGGCAGUAGAAAAUAAUUACCUGUCAUUUUGUAAUAAUGAACAAACUCCAACUGUGCAUCCGUGCAAAGAAACUGCUGCAGUAAUGCAGGAAGUUGAUGUAGGCAUUUCCUAUGAUAUGAAGACUUUCAUGAAUCAGGCAACAGAAAGUAAUUACAUGUCAUUUUGUAGUAAUGGACAAACCUCAAGUACAUCCCCGUCACAAACCAACCCCCUUGGGGAUAAGUCGAAAGAAAAGCUGACUGGAAACAAGUAUGAGAGAAGAAAACGGUUGAACAAGUCUCCUAUUUGUCAAACAAAAAUGACAGGAGAACUGACUGGACCAAUGAUGCCAGAUUCUAAAGAAACGCCAAUGAGAAGGUUCUCGGAUUUUGACAUGGGAACCGAAGAUGAAAGUUCUGCAUGCAGACAAGUUUUAAAUGUGCAUAUUGGCGACACAGUAGAGGAAACACCUGCAGGCCUUGCCUAUAAUAAAGAUACCUGGAUGAAGCAGGCAUUACAUAGCUACAUGCCAUUACCUGAAGGCGCACAAACCCCGAGUACAUGUCCUUCAAAAGGUAAUCAUCCUGGAGCAAAGCCAAAAGAAAACUCAGAUGGCGAUAAGAAGUGUGUAAGAAAGAAGAGAUCGAAAAUGACUUCUACUCCAACAAAAAGGACAGGUGGAUUGACUGAACCAAUUAUGUCUGAACCUACUACAAUAUCAUGUAAAAUGUCCAUAAACUUUGACAAAGGAGGAAGAGAUGAAAGUUAUAUGUGCAACGAAAGCCUGACCAGCGAUCAAAACACCCUGGUGAAAGAGAUAUUACAUUAUUGCGCGUCAUUAUCUGAAAACACACAAUCUCCAAGUACAUGUCUUCCCGAAAGCAAUCCUCCUGGGGAAAAGCAGAAUGCCAGGAACGAAAACAAAAGAAAGGGCCUCGCAACUGCUGAGGAUGGAAACAUCAGUAACAGUCAAGUUUCAACAAUAAAGUUACAAAUGGUUGGUUGCGAGAGAGAGCAUGCUGGAACCAUUGAACAUGCAGAUAACAGCAGCAUGAAUCUAAUUGGCGCACACUAUAAUGGAUUGGCCUCAUACCAGUCAAAGUUUCCGCUUCAAUUUUCAAAUAUCCAGAAGAAAAGGAGAACUGAGAAGGGGAAAACUUCCAAUUCUCAUAUUACAUCUUCUGUGAUUACUGAAAAUGGAGCACCACUAAUAUUCACUCCCGAAGAUGCUCAAAUGCAUCCUUAUGCAUCAAACUACAACUCUUGGAUGUAUGGUUUUGGAUAUAAUGCACCUGUAUUCCCAAUCAUAAAUGAAUAUAGAGAAAAUUAUAUCCAUAAUACUCAAACAUUUGAUGAGUUCAGAUUAUCUUUGAGAAGGGUGACAGAAAAAUCUCAAUUCCCGGCUGAAACUUCUGAUUAUAAUUCGCUAACGAGAAUUAGAAAUUUUAUCGAACCAAAUUAUACAGCAAAUCAGCUGGAUUUUUCAGACCAACAAGCAAUGAGAGAUGCAGAAAGACCUCAAACAUGUAUUGACGUCUUAGUUGAAGAUGUGCCUGUAUCAAGUGUAAAAAAGAAGCAAAAUAGAAAGAGAAGUGCUCUUUCCAGUUCAGCGCAUCCCAACACAGAUCAGAAUCAGAUGCAACAGUGCCAUAAUGUUGCCUUGGGAAAUCACCACUUGGCACUAGGGAAGUCAUCAGGUACUGCUCGCGGAGGAAGGCGGAAAAAAGUGUAUGAUGUUGAAGCAUUAGUUAAGCAAUUUAGACAGCUAAACAUAAACGCAGGAGUGGGAGACAUUGUCUUAUACAAGCAGAAUGCACUUGUUCCCUUUCAGGGCUCAUUUGAUCCCAUAAAAAAACAGCGUCCACGACCGAAAGUUGACCUAGAUGAGGAGACUGAUAGAGUGUGGAAGCUUUUGCUGUUAGAUAUAAAUCAUGAUGGGGUUGAUGGAACAGAUGAAGAAAAGGCCAAAUGGUGGGAAGAAGAACGUAAAGUGUUCCGUGGGCGAGCAGACUCAUUUAUUGCACGAAUGCAUCUUGUACAAGGAGACAGACGAUUUUCUCGAUGGAAAGGAUCAGUUGUGGAUUCAGUUGUAGGAGUUUUCCUCACUCAAAAUGUCACGGACCAUCUUUCCAGCUCUGCGUUCAUGUCCCUUGCUGCUCGGUUUCCCAAAAAGUCAGGCAGCACAGCUUGUGACGGAGAAGGCACAAGCCAAGCGGUCAACAAACAACAAGUGGAUAUAGUGGAACCGGAAGAGAACACAGAAUGUGAUGUGAACUUAUUGAAUCAAUCUGUUUGCAACCAGAGUUCUAUGACAAAAGACAUAAUUGAGCAUUCUGGAGAAAAAGCUGUCAGCAGCAAUGAUUCCUGCAGAAUUACCAGUAGCCCAAUUAGCCUAACAGAUGAAUCAAACUGCAAACUAACAGAAUCAUCUCAAUCCUCUGGUCCAAUGGUUAUGAUUGAGGAAGGGGAAGAAAAAUCAUGUUAUGAUGGUGCUGGGAAAGAGUUAAAUGACAUAGUUUCGUCCCAAUCCUCUGUCAUUUCAUCUCAAAUAUCUGGAGAGUUUUCAAAUGAUCAAAAUCCUGAGAAGAUAGGAUCAUGCUCAGAUAGCAACUCAGAAGUUGAAGAUCUGUCAAGCACAGCAAAGUACAACAGUGUUGAAGAUCUGUCAAGCACAGCAAAGUACAAAAAUUACGGUUCUUUCUGCAAACUUCUUGAAAUGGUAAGUUCAACCAAGUUUUAUGAAAUUGAAAGUCAAAGAAGCAAAUCAACUGAGAACAUGAGAGAUGUCACUCACAGCUCUUUGGAAGAAUCCAUCAUCCCGUCCCAUGAAUGUAAUUUGAGACUCACCCACAACUCUGAAGCUCAUGAUCCUUUCAAAGCAGAAGCUUCAUCAAGUGGCAUCUUAAAGAAUAAACAUGAAAAUGAGAUGAAUACACCUAGUUUUCAAACAGCCAAGUCUGCAGGCCUUGUUGAGGUUACUCAUUCUCAAACUAUUGCAUCUCAAGUCCAUCCUCAGGAACAGACUAAUCACAUGCAGCAAAACUUUUUCAACAGUUCUGGACAAACUCAUGAUCUGAUUCAGAAUGAAAGGUAUUUAAACCUUGGUGAUCACAAAGAUGUUGUGAGGAGUGAAACCAAUGAGAUAAGUUCUACCCCAAUAAAAGUAAAGACCAAAAGUCAAUUAAAGGAGGAACAGGAACAAUUUGACUGGGAUAGUUUACGAAUAAAAGCACAAGCUAAGGCUGGGAAAAGAGAAAAGACAGAAAACACCAUGGAUUCUUUAGACUGGGAUGCCGUGAGAUGCGCAGAUGUCGGUGUAAUUGCUGAUGUUAUCAAAGAGCGGGGCAUGAACAACAGGCUUGCCGAGCGUAUUCAGAAAUUCCUGAAUAGGGUGGUUGAUGAUCAUGGAAGCAUUGACCUCGAGUGGCUGAGAGACGUUCCACCUGACCAGGCAAAAGAAUAUUUGCUGAGCGUAAGAGGACUGGGAUUGAAAAGUGUGGAGUGUGUGCGGCUUUUAACACUGCACCAUCUUGCCUUCCCGGUAGACACAAAUGUUGGACGUAUAGCAGUACGCUUGGGAUGGGUGCCUCUCCAACCACUACCCGAGUCACUACAGUUGCAUCUCCUAGAAAUGUACCCGGUGUUGGAGUCCAUACAAAAAUAUCUUUGGCCUCGACUGUGCAAGCUAGAUCAAAAAACAUUAUAUGAGCUACAUUACCAGAUGAUUACAUUUGGGAAGGUCUUCUGUACAAAAAGCAAACCAAACUGUAAUGCAUGCCCGAUGAGAGCAGAAUGUCGACACUUUGCAAGUGCAUUUGCUAGUGCAAGGCUGGCCCUGCCUGGACCAGAGCAGAGGAGUAUGGUUAGUGUAUCUGGAAACGGUGUGACUGAUGAGAACCCACCUGUAGUCAUGAGUCAGUUGCACUUGCCUCUUCCUGAGAACACAAACCAAGUGGUGGAAGAAAUUCCCGAAACAGAAGUGAGUGGACAACUGGCAAAAUCUGAAGUGAAUAUUUGCCAACCUAUCAUUGAAGAACCGACAACACCAGAGCCAGAAUGUUCGCAGCUAGAACUAAGUGAUAUGGAGGAUGCCUUCAUUGAUGAUCCAUGUGAAAUUCCCACCAUUAAGCUUAACAUGGAGGAGUUCACUCUUAAUUUACAAAACUAUAUGCAACAAAACAUGGAACUUCAAGAAGGUGAAAUGUCAAAGGCUCUGGUUGCUUUGCAUCCAGAAGCUGCUUCCAUCCCUGGGCCCAAGCUAAAGAAUGUUAGCCGAUUACGAACAGAGCAUUGUGUUUACGAACUCCCGGAUAUGCAUCCUCUUCUGGAAGGGUGGGAAAAACGAGAACCCGAUGAUCCUGGAAAAUAUCUUCUUGCUAUAUGGACUCCAGGAGAGACGGCCGAUUCAACACAGGCACCUGAGUGCAAAUGCAACUCUCGCGAAGAAUGUGGACAGCUUUGCAACGAGAUGGAAUGUUUCUCAUGCAACAGUUUCCGUGAAGCAAAUUCACAGAUAGUCAGAGGCACACUUCUGAUACCAUGUCGAACAGCUAUGCGUGGGAGCUUUCCACUUAAUGGCACUUAUUUCCAAGUCAACGAGGUAUUUGCUGACCAUGGGUCUAGCAUUAAUCCUGUCAGUGUUCCCCGAAGUUGGAUCUGGAACCUCAAUAGGCGAACGGUAUAUUUUGGAACCUCAACAACAUCAAUAUUUAAAGGAUUAUCAACACAAGAAAUUCAACAAGCCUUUUGGAGAGGAUAUAUUUGCGUGCGGGGGUUUGAAAGGGAAACGCGAACACCCCGCCCUUUGAUGGCUAGACUACACUUCCCAGCUAGCAAAUUGGCCAAAACCAACGAGAAGACGAAAAAAGAGUCAGGUCCAGCGAAAGAGAAGCCAGCACCGAAACCAAAACAGAAGCCAGGACCGAAACCAAAACAGAAGGCGGCGAAGAACUCACAAGGAACAAAACCAGAUCCUGAAAGUCCGGUGAAGAACUCACAGGAACCGAAACCAAAUCCUGAACAGCCUGAACUGAUAUUAAACAGUGACAGCCUUCAGGAGUAAGGAACAGCCUGAAGACUACACUGAUCUGUAUUAUUAUGUUGUCCAGUCGCAUGUAUGUAAAUGAUGAUGACAAAGUCAUUAUUUAAUCUUAACUUUAUGUUAUUCUUAUCAUUCUAUAGGACGACUAGUUUUUUUCAAGAUUAUUAGGUUAUGAUAAUGUAUCAACAACAGUAGCCCUGUAGGUCUAUGUAGCACCAACAUUGACAUGUGAUUUUAUUCAAUUAUUCUUUUUUUUUUUCUUUCUAA